UGAAUUCCUGCUCGUAAAAGACACCAUUUCCACCCAUACACGCAAUAGAGCAAGCAUUAGGGGAUGAGGGGCCGCCCCACCGUCGAUCCCCUUCCCCCCACUACCCGCGAUGCCCCGCCAUAUUUCUUCAGUGACGUCUAUUUGUAACCAUUUGUCGUCUCAUUUCGCAAACCUGUACAGAGAUAUAGCACCAGGCAGAUCCCUCGAUUUACGACGAGAUAACUUCAAUUACGCACGAGACACCCGUAAUUCAUUGACCCUCUAAACAGCCAACCACAAUUAUGGCGCCAAAAGCGAUCAUAGCGCCCUCGAUCCUGUCGGCGGACUUCGCGCAGCUAGGCGCCGACUGCAAGAGGACGAUGGAGCAAGGUGCCGACUGGCUUCACGUAGAUAUCAUGGACGGCCACUUCGUACCCAACAUCACCUUCGGCGCGCCGGUCGUGGCCAAGAUCCGGAAGCAUGUCGAUAAGCCCGAGGCGAGCUACGGGCGCGGGACGUUCGACUGCCAUAUGAUGAUCGCGGAGCCGAAGAAAUGGGUCAAGGAGUUCCAGAAGGCGGGCUGCGACCUGUACUGCUUCCACUACGAGGCGGCCUUCUCGAGCGCGGCCGAGAGCCCCGAGGCCAAGACCGACGCGAAGACGAGCCCGAAGGAGCUGAUCCGCUACAUACACGACCAGGGCCUGCUGGCCGGCAUCGCGCUCAAGCCCGCUACCACCGUCGACGUCCUCACCGAUAUCCUCGAAAAUCCGGAUCCGAAGGAGCGGCCGGAUAUGGUCCUGAUCAUGACGGUCGAGCCCGGCUUCGGCGGCCAGAAGUUCAUGGCGUCGGAGCUGCCCAAGGUGCAGGCGUUGAGGCAGAAGUACCCGGACCUGAAUAUCGAGGUCGACGGCGGCCUGGGACCCGGCACCAUCGACCAGGCGGCCGACGCGGGCGCCAACGUGAUCGUCGCCGGAAGCGCCGUUUUCGGUGCUAAGGACCCGGCGGAGGUUAUCUCGUUGCUGAGGACUGCUGUCGAUACGAGGUCCGGAAAGCUGUAAGUGGGGAUAUGGAUAUAGGGGUAUAUGGGUGAGGCAUAAAUGAAUAUGAGAUGCAUGGUGUGGCGUACGACCCGUGGAUUGCUUAGGAGCGAAGCGGUAGACUGGCGCGGGAUUUUUGGAAGUUACGAAAGAGAUUAAUAUACAUUUUCUACUAUUCAGGAUAAG